GCUGAGAGCGGGGAAGAUGAGAGGCCGGCGGGGGAGAUACCCUCCGCAUCAUCGGCUGGAGUUCGAGAGGGAAGGAGCCGGGCGAUGUGGACCGGGAGAGGGAGACUUUUCUCCGGCUGUGGCUGUUUCACGGAGCACCAGGCGGAAUAACGCUUACCUCGGAUUGGCAGCUUUUGCCUGCUGUCAUAUUUUGAAACGUCGCUGCCAAAGACAGAAGUGAAAUGACUGUGAUGAAACUUGAGCUACAGUGCAAUGGACUGCUGAAGUCAUGGGAAUCAGACCAGUGAGCUGCCAGGACAUACCUACAGCAGUGCUGUAUGGUUCCUUAUCUCUGUUUGUCUCCAUUCUACAUAAUGUCUUCCUCCUGUAUUACGUAGAUACAUUUGUAUCUGUUUACAAAAUCGAUAAAGUAUCCUUCUGGAUUGGUGAGACUAUUUUUCUCCUAUGGAACAGUCUUAAUGAUCCACUAUUUGGAUGGCUUAGCGAUCGCUCGUUUCUGAGCACACAGCAGUCAGGUGCUGCAAUCUCCACUCCAGAAGUAGUGUUGAAGCGAUUGAAGGCAUUAAUGCGAAAUGGUCCUCUUUUUGCUUUGUCAUUCCUCUCUUUCUGGGUGGUUUGGGCCCGUCCAGGAGUACAAUUUCUCAUCUGCCUUUGUCUCUAUGAUGGAUUCCUCACUUUGGUGGACCUUAAUCAUAAUGCUUUAUUGGCAGACCUGGCAGUAUCGGAAAAGGACAGGACUAGGCUGAAUUUUUACUGCUCCCUUUUUAGCGCACUUGGCUCCUUGUCUGUGUUCAUGUCCUAUGCAGUCUGGAACAAGGAAAACUUUCUCUCAUUUAGACUCUUCUGCGUCGCGUUGGCUGCCUUUUCGACUCUAGGUUUUAGUAUAUGCACCUGGAUUCUCAGACAACGAUUUCAGUUGGAGGUCAAAGUUAGAUAUGAGGAGGUCUCCAUGCUAGAGGAGUUGUACAUUAAUCAAACCCCUCUUGCUCAGGAAGUGACGCUGGCAGAGUACCUGAAACAACUCUCCAGACAUCGGAACUUUGCUUGGUUUGUGUCCAUGAACCUGGUGCAGGUUUUUCACUGCCACUUCAACAGUAAUUUCUUCCCACUGUUUAUGGAACAUCUCCUUUCGGAUAGGAUUUCACUCUCCACGGGUUCCUUUCUCCUAGGUGCAUCGUACAUUGCUCCACAUUUAAACAACCUCUACUUCCUGUCACUGUGCCACAGAUUUGGAGUGUACAUGGUUAUCCGAUGGUUGUUCUUCUUAAAACUGGCUCUGAGCUUAAUCAUGUUGCUGGCGGGACCAGAUCAAAUCUACCUACUUUGUUUCUUCAUAGCCAGUAACCGGGUGUUCACAGAGGGGACCUGCAAACUCCUGAACUUAGUCAUCUCAGACCUUGUAGAUGAAGAUUUUGUGAUGAACAAGAGGAAGCAGGCAGCAUCGGCACUGCUAUUUGGGAUGGUUGCUUUGGUGACCAAACCUGGACAGACGUUUGCUCCAUUAAUCGGGACAUGGCUUUUGUAUGUUUAUACAGGGUAUGACAUAUUUCAGCACGAUGCUCUACGUGAUAUUGUGAGCACAAAGCCAGUGGUGGAGCCAAACAUGACUUGGAUGAUGGCAGUACGCCAAGGUUGCUUCUAUCUGUUGGUCUUCAUCCCCAUCACAUGUGCUGUGCUGCAGCUGCUAGCCUGGUCUCAGUUCAGCCUCCAUGGUAAAAGACUCCAGACGAUAAAAUCAUUGAGGCAGAACACACAUCAGGAGAGCCUACAGGACAUUAAAGCUGUUUAGGUCACCAUCCUGAAUGUACAGGAGCCAACAAGGUCUGCCAUGUCUAGUAGAUAAAACAUAACUUUUUUUAAUGAUCGUCACUUCAGCUCAGGAUAUGGAAGCCUCCAUCUUCACUGGACCAGUAUUUGUUUUUAAUUGGUUUGAGUAUGAAUUUUGGAGACCUCAUUGAUGUAGCAAAGUCCAAGUGUUUUAAGAUUAAUGGUUAAUAAGACCCUUGUGCCUGAUCAAUUUUUUUACUUGACUUUUAAUGUUUACUGGAGGGGACCACAAAUCAUACUUUGAAGUCUAGGAUACUCUUCAAGAACUUUUUGAUAGGUUAAGAGUGCACAAGGUCUUAAGAUUUACAGAGUCUGUUAUCCCUCAUCAUGUUAUAAAAUAUGGCAGAAUGUAAUUCCACUGUCAAUCCAUCAUUCUUGGAGCCAACUAUUUGCAAAUGUAUUUUUUAAUUUGGAUUGAUGCUGUCAUGUUGAUUUUUGUACCCCAAUGCUGAGUAACUUUCUGUAACAUCACAUACUGCAGUCGUGUACACAAUGGCAGGAGGAAGAACUGACUGAGUGGGUUUGAUAUUGGCCUUUCAAUCAGACCUAUGUUCAAAUUCCACCCAAAUCAAAGCCGUCCAGCUGACUGGAUGUGAAAUGAGUUUUUGCAGUCUUGCUCCAAUUUCUAAGUGGGCUUAAGCCUCAAGCAUCAAAUUUCUCUCAAUUUGGCAUUAAACUGGAAGUCUCAUUGACGCUACAGAUGGCUAGUGUAAGAUGCCACAAUAGUACAGGAAGAUCACCCCCUCCAAAGUUGGUAGCUGAGGCAACUGUUCGGACAGAGAAAAGGGGGCUUUAUCUUGAAUCUGACCAUGCUGUAUCUAACCUGGGAUUGAGUGUUUAAUGCUGAUACUUGGUAUCCAUUAUAGGAAAUUUUCCAUUCCAACACAUUAACAAAACUCAGCUGCGUAAAUAAAAUUAAUUCGAGCAAAAAUAAAGGCAGUGGAAGUGAGACCAAAUUGGACCUGCCUUGAUGACUCUGGCAAAGUUUGUAUAUAGCAGCACAAUGGAGCAGGCCCUGGUAAUGAAAGAGAUCUCUUGUGUAGUCAGCAUCACUGGCCAAUUGCCAAAAAUGUGCCAAUAAUUUCUUCAUCCUUAACUGUGAACAUUGAUUGCAUGUAUCGACUGUAGACCAAGAAGUUCUGCUUUUCCCAGUUUUAUGCCUGCAAAAAUUGGCAGCUUCCACCUUGUGUAGAGGUGGCUCUUGGUGAAAGCGGAGGGAGAUUUAUAGGCAUCAUACUUGAGCAUGUUAAUUUAUAAAUGGGUUACAGAUCAUCUGGAAACAUAAGUGUUUAAUAUUAACUUGCAAACUGAAACUCAAAGUAAGUCAUUUAUGGUUUAUUUUAUACGGAACUCGGUACUGGAGAUGUUCUGGUUUGUUGAGUGUGAUAAAUUGUGGAUAAGAUAUUGCACAUAAAACUUGUGGAUCGUAAACCAGCUUCAGUCAUCCAGCUUUUAUUGUAAAUUGUGCUUAAAAUCAUAUGUUUAAUUUCUCUAGUAUAGCUUUGAAUACCUAAUUACAAUCAGUAGUAGCACAGUAAAUAAAAUCACCAGAGAUGCCAUUGAUAUUUGGAAAGAUUUGCAUAAAUUAUUUUUAAAUUAAUACUUGUAUGCAUUCUUGGAUCUAUUUAUUUUCCAGAAUUUUUUUCCCCUUGUUAGCUCUGGGCGUUUCUCUCUUUUGCCUCUCCCAUGAUAUUGUAUUGCUGGAGGCAGGGAGCCAGAGCAGACAAAGUACCAAGUUUUAAUGCUCCAGCCUUCAUGAAUGGGGGACAGGCUUGACAGGCCAGCUGGUCUUCUCCUGUCUGUCACUUUGUAUGUUCAUAAUAUAACUCAUUUUAACAGUUCUUCAAAGAGUUGAAUUCCAUCUCUUUUGUAACUACGUAAACAUAUCAGACUUUGGUAAUAGUGCUUUUCCAUUUGCACUAUAUAUAUAUCAAGAAUGAAAUUCCCAAGCAGUGAUCCUCUCUCAUUGCAUCCACUGCCAAACUGUUAAAUAUCAGUGUAACUUUGAAAUCUAGCUGAUGUCUAAUGAUUUCUGACAAUAAUUGUGUUUUUGCGUUUUCUUACCAACCGCUCUCCAAGUUCAUAUCUAUUCUCCAGUACAGGGGCUGACAGGUGGCCAGUAUCUUCUAGCACUUACUACUUUACAGCAAGCUGCUGGAGGACAUGGGCGAUCGCUGCUGAGUUUCAUUCAAGUCUGCUUUUAUGUGACAGACCCUAGUCUCGGCGCCUAGUUGGACGCUAAAGUUGUCCCGUUAAUUAAGAAUUGGUGCCCAACCUGAUUCUGGAGGGAAGGAGUGUCACGUUCAUAACAACUGUAGUGUCCUGCUUCUCGCUAAUUUGUAGGGUAAGAGGAGUCUCCAAUUUCUUCCUGAUCAGAAAAACUUUCAUGCAGAUUUUUUUUUCUUCAUUCUUUCAUGGGAUGUGGCCAUUGCUGGCAGGCCCAGCAUUUGUUGCCCAUCCCAAAUUGCCCUUGAACAGUGUGGCUUGCUAGGCCAUUUCAGAGGGCUGUAAUUAGUCAACCACAUUGCUAUUGAUCUGGAGUUACAUGUAUGCCAGGCCAGGUAAAGACAGCAGAUUUGCGUCACCUAAAGGACAUUAGAUUGGAUCGCAGCAGGAACAUUGCUGUGUACACUGGCUGGAAGGUUUUGCUCCUUCAACCAUUGUUGGAUUGUGAAAAAGAAAUCAAAUAUAUCGCUGUCACCUUGUAUUCCUGGAAUAUUGUUUCAGUCUUCGGGAAUGAAAUGAGAUGACGACUUUUGUGAAGUGAGUCAUUGCUUUUAAGUUGUAGCAAGCCAGAAUUUUUCAUUAUAUAUUAAAUAUUCCUUACAGUAUUUUAAAGACCUUUUGAAAUAUUAAUCAUCAAGCAACAAAAUAAAGUAUUGUUUGUUCUAAAA